ACCACCCGCUCGAAAGGUCGCACAGUUCCCGUCUCCUCUGCUUCUCCGGGGCACAGCUAGCAGAACAUCACAUUCUUAUCGCGGAGCAGCUCAGUUGGGCAGCCGUGCAAGAAAGCGCAAGUGCCAGCCAUGGAGCUAGAGGCGAGGCCGACGCCGGCGCUGAUGCUGAAGGAGUGGCUCGAGCUGGAGUUCAUCGCCGAGCUCUCCCGCGACGGCUUCGGGUGCUACCCGCGCCACCUGGUGGCCACACGGCGCAACGGCGACGUCAUCUCGAGGGUAUCCGCCGCAGUGAGGGCCGCGCUGUUCCGGCUGCCGUCGGGAAGGGAGGGGGAGGUCUCCGGGAAUUCCCCGAGGAGGCCGCGAAUGGGCUUUUGGAAGAAGCCGAUGGGAGACGAGGUGGUGGACAGGAGGUCGCGCAGCUGCUCGGCGUCGACUACCUCGAGCGGAAGGAGGGAUAAUCAGGCGUCGGCAAAGUCAUCGCGGCGACGGAGUUGGGAGCGUGUCCUGUCGGGUGGCGCCGGCCGUCGUAACCAUGAUACAGAGGUUGCGAAAAUCAAGGCAACGCGCCACCUGGAUCAGGAGCAAGAACGGAAGCAGCGUCUGAGCCCAGUUUCCGUGAUGGACUUCCUCAGCCAGGACGAAGACGACGGCGGCGGCGGCGAGGACGACGACGGCGGAGAGGACGAGACCGCGUCGCCGACGUUCCAGCGAAGCAUAGCCAGCAUUCGAAGAGCAAGUAAUCAAUUGCUUCAGAAAAUCCGGCAGUUUGAACAGCUAGCCGAACAAGACAUAUCCGAUGUGGAUGACGCUACCACGACCACUGAGGACAUAAAUUGCCACGUGGACAUAGAAUCUACGGAUGACUCUGAAGGUGCGCCUACACAAAGCCUACUAGACCUCCUAGAAGAAAGCUCCUCGGGGUCUACCCGCUGCGUCAAGAAGCUUCUGAUAGAUUUCUUCCAUGAUGAGAAAAAACCGAAUGGUGCAAGUCAACAAAAGUCGGUGUUGGAGACAGCACAAGCAUGGUUGGAUGGGCAAAGUUAUUCUCUAAAACCAAUCUGGACAGUGGUGAAGACGGAGAUUAAGUCACUCGAGCAAUGGAGAUGCUUAAGAGAAGAUGAACAAAAGCGACUAACUAUUGAUUUGGAGCGUGAGAUCUUCUCAUCCUUGGUUGAAGAAUUAGCUGAUGAGUUACUUCACCUCUGACAAUGAGAAGGUGACUUCUGGAAUCUAAUUGGAACAUGUAAAUAAUUGGUAGCAGCUUCGACUUAUAACAUUGUUUUGACUUGUAUCACUGAAGACGAAGCCCAUCACCUAUUGUAGACCUGUUUAACUGUACAAGAAUCUCACAACAGAAUGUGCCAAAUACAGCGAUGACGGUAGUGUAAUAUACAACGACAUUCAUGGUGUUCAA